AUGGCAGCUGUACGAGCGGCAGUAAAGCCCGCCCUCGUCAUUAUCCCUGGCAAUUUCAGCUUACCUCGCUUCUGGAGCACCUUCCAGCAGUCAGCCCAAGACAAAGGAUAUCUCUCCGAAGUCGUCGCCCUCAGUUCAUCCCGCGAACAAACCAUUGAUCCCGCACCAGGUUUGGCCGACGACGUGAAGCAGGCUUCUUCUGUUCUGAACAAGCACAUUGACCAAGGCAAGGAUGUCGUCCUGCUCAUGCAUUCGUACGGAGGAAUGGUAGGGACCGAGGCUACGCGUGGUCUGAGUCGCGUUGAGCGUGAGAAAGCUGGUCUGAAGGGUGGGAUCAUUCGCCUGGUGUUCUUGGCCGCUAUUUUUGCGCCGCCGGGUAAAAGCUCGCGGGGUUUGUACGAGGCGAAUCCCGGUCGUUAUCCCCGCCGCGAGGGAGAUUACUUGAUAUGCGACGAAGACACCGCCAUGUGCUUCUACAGCGACCUCACCAAGGAGCAGGGACUUCCACUAGCCCAGGCUGCAUCCAAGGUCUACCAGGCCGUCAGAGUUUUUGGCGAUGAGCAAACCUACGACGGAUUUCACAAGUUGAUUCCCUCUAGCUACAUCCUGACUCGCAAGGAUAUACUUGUACCCGAGCCAGCUCAGCGACAGUUUAUCUCACGACUUGAAGAGAACGGAGGUCGAACUGUGCCUGUGUUUGAAAUUGAUACUGGACAUUCACCUCACCAGACUGAUCCCCCAUUGCUGAUGGAAACAUUGGAAAAUGUCCUUAAGCAAGAUACCUAG